AUGGACGGAGGAAGAUUGGCAGAUGAUCAGGCGGACACUAGAGAGAUGAUACGGGCGAUGCAGCAGAGAAUGGAUGAGAUGCAAAGGAACUAUGAAGCGCAAAUGCAGAUUUUACGAGAGGAGAAUGCCAUCCUAAGGCAGAAGGAAGAUGGAAUCCCUUCGACGCCUACCGUGCCUGACCCGAACAGGCUAAGUCGGGUACAACAACAUCGGGAUGCCGAACGGGUAGAAAGCCGCCUCCCCCCCACAGGACAUGAGCAGUCACAACCAGCUCGGAUUGAAAGGACACAAGCUUCGAGGGGAAAUCCGUCACAAACGGUGGCGGAGAGUUCAGGAGCAAACAACGGGGGCCGCCCGUCGCGCCAACCGAUCCCUGCGUCGGGGUCCUCCCCCUUUACUUCGUAUAUUUUGGAGACGCCGCUGCCGGAGAAGUGGAAAAUGCCAACUUUUGACAAGUACGACGGUAUGACCGACCCAGACAAUCACAUGCGGGUCUUCAUGCAUCAGAUGAUGUUUCACGCCGUUAGCGAUCCCAUCUGGUGCCGAGUCUUCUCGACUUCGUUGACUGGGGAGGCGUUGGAGUGGUUCUCCGAGCUGCCGACCGGUUGCAUUGAUUCGUUUGCCACUCUAAAGGCAAAGUUCAGCACGCAGUUCGCGCCCGUGAAACCGGCCAUUCUGACGGUCGACAAUCUGGUGAACAUCCGACAAGAGGAUGGGGAAUCGCUGAGGAGUUACCUCGAUCGGUAUAAUCGGAUGUCGGUCAAGAUAAAAGGUCUCAGCGACGAGAUUGCGCGACAUCACUUCUCUUACGGACUCCAGCCGGGAGUUUUUGCGGACAAGAUAAGCCGUAAGAAGCCGCAGACAAUGGAGGAGAUGAGGGAACGCGCGGCCAAAUUCAUACAGAUGGAGGACAUGCAGGAGUUUAGGGUGAAAAAGAGGGAGAAGGAGGAUGUUGCGCUCCCAAAGCCGACCGCCCCUAGACCGAGCAAACCUGUAGCCCGACCCACCGAAAGGAAGGCGCCGAAGUUCACAACCUACACUCCUCUGGCUGUUCCCCGAGCCAGGAUCCUGCAGGAGGCCUUCAGUGCCGAUUCGCUCCCAACGAUUAGGAAGAAGCCUCCGCCACCCGACGCUGACGGGAGUAAACAUUGCCAGUACCAUCGGACAAUCGGGCAUACCACCGAAGAGUGCCAUACACUCCGCGACAAAAUAGAAGAACUCAUUCGGCAGGGACACUUGAAGAAAUACAUUCGGCAAGAUCAUCCCCCGCGGAGUCCGAUGAGGAACCGAAGCCCAAUGAGAAGGGUCCCCCCAGCCCGGUCGGAGAGAAAAAGAGAGCCCGAACGCGAGAAACAAAGGAGAGGACCAUCCCGAUCACAUCGGAGUCCAAGAAGAAGCCGCAGUCGUAGCCAUGACAGACCCUUGAGGGGUUACAUCAAUACCAUUUCCGGAGGGUUCGCCGGAGGAGGAUCGAAUUCCGCAGCUCGAAAAAGGCACGUUCGAGCGUUGAAGUCGGUUCAUCUGGUCGAAAAGAAGAUCCGCUCGAUGCCUCCCAUCACAUUCACGGACGACGACUUCAAAGCGCCCGACCCAGAUCAUGACGACCCGAUGGUCAUCUCGAUAGAAGUAGCCGAGUACGGGAUCGGGAAGGUGUUGGUCAAUCAGGGGAGUUCCGUCAUCAUCUUGUACUGGAAGACCUUCCGGAAGAUGAACUUGUCGGAGGAUCUGAUCGUCCCGUUUAAUGAGCAGAUUGUCGGUUUCUCGGGCGAGCGAGUCGACACAAGGGGCUAUCUGGACCUGCGUACCAGGAUCGGCUUAAGAAAAGACGGUCGAGAGGUAAGGGUUAGAUUCCUUUUAGUUGAAGCUAACACCUCCUACAAUGUGUUGUUAGGGAGACCCUGCUUGAACGCUUUCGGAGCGAUCGUGUCUACCCUGCACCUGGCCAUGAAGUUCCCGUUGGACAGAGGGACAAUUUGCACGGUACAUGCGGACCAACAAGUCGCCCGGCAAUGUUAUGCCGCGGGAUUGAAGGUCGCUCCUUAUAGUCGCCCGCGAAAACAACACCAAUCGGAAGUAGCAAUGACGGACCUGGAUCCCCGAACGAACACAGAGGAUCGGCUGCAACCAGAAGGAGAGACCAAGGAGAUCCUGAUCGGAAGCCAACCCGGACAGCUAACGAAGAUCGGGGGAGCCUUGAGCACGGAAGAGGAGGGGCUCCUCAGCGUAGUGAUCCUAAAAAACAAAGAUCUAUUCGCAUGGUCAAGCGCCGAUAUGCCAGGUGUCCACCCAGACGUGAUGUCCCAUAAACUAGCCAUAUUCCGGGAAGCCCGACCGGUCGCUCAGAAGAAAAGAAAGAUGGGAGAAGAAAGAAGGAGGGCGGUCGAGGAAGAAGUGAGAAAGCUAGAAGGAGCUGGUUUCAUCAGAGAAAUUAAGUAUACCACAUGGCUAGCUAACGUGGUCAUGGUAAAGAAGACGAGCGGGAAGUGGAGGAUGUGCACAGAUUUCACUGAUCUCAACAAGGCUUGCCCGAAGGACGCCUACCCCCUGCCUAGCAUCGAUCGGCUGGUAGAUGGAGCCUCAGGACACAACUUCCUGAGCUUCCUGGGCGCAUACUCAGGGUACAAUCAGAUCCCCAUGUAUGGCCCGGACAGAUCCAAGACGGCGUUCAUCACGGACCAAACUAAUUUUUGCUACGAAGUCAUGCCUUUCGGCCUGAAGAACGAUGGGACAACCUAUCAGCGGCUAAUGGAUCGGGUCUUCCGCGGACAGAUCAGUCGGUCCAUGGAGGUGUAUGUGGACGAUAUGGUCGUGAAGUCGCAGACUGUCGGAGAUCAUGUACGCGACCUCGGCGAGGUCUUCCACCAGGUGCACAGAUAUAACAUGCGUCUCAACCCAGAGAAGUGUGUCUUUGGGGUGCCGGCGGGGAAAUUCCUGGGUUUCAUGCUGACCGCCCGAGGCAUAGAGGCGAAUCCGGACAAGUGUGCUGCUAUUGUUGAGAUGAGAAGUCCUAAAAACUUGAAGGAGGUUCAACGGUUGAUGGGGCGGCUGACUUCUCUGGCACGUUUUCUACCCAGGCUGACAGAGAAGGUUAGGCCGAUCCUGAAGAUCAUGAAGAAGCAGACUACGGAGAAGUGGGAUGAUCAAUGCGAGGCGGCAUUUCAGCAAAUAAAGGAGAUGAUCAGCAGCCCACCAAUAAUGAGUCGACCGGUAGAAGGACUACCUCUCCGAGUUCUACAGAGUGCAGAAACGAGGUAUCAGCUGAUAGAGAAGAUAGCCUUGGCACUAUUGACGGCCGCACGCCGGUUGCGCCAGUACUUUCAGAGUCACCAGGUGAUCGUCCGAACCGAUCAUCCCAUAGCCAAGAUACUCCGGAAGCCCGACUUGGCUGGUAGAAUGAUCGCCUGGUCGAUUGAGUUAUCGGAGUUCGGUCUCAAGUACGAGCCUAGAGGAUCGGUCAAAGGGCAGCAUUUGGCCGACUUUGCAGCCGAACUCCACGGACCGGUCCCUUCGUCCGAGCAAACGUGGGUCCUCUUCGUUGACGGGUCGUCGGACAAACGAAAUGCUGGAGUAGGAAUAGUCAUUGAAGGACCGAACGGCUUCACGGUUGAGCACUCCUUGCAGUUUAAGUUUAAAGCCUCCAAUAACCAAGCGGAGUAUGAAGCGCUGAUCGUCGGGUUAAGACUAGCAAAAGACUUGGGCGCGACGAAGUUGAAGUGUAACACUGAUUCGAAGCUCGUGGUCGGGCAGGUGCAGGGUGAAUAUCAGGUUAAGGAUCAUUUGCUGCUUCAGUACUAUCAUAAGGCCGUUAAAGCCAUGAAAGAAUUCGAAGAGGUUACCAUCCAUCACAUCCCCCGAGCGGAGAACGCCAGAGCCGAUAGGCUAUCCAAGCUGGCGGAGGGAAAGGAGAAGGGCCAAUUGAAGACAAUUAUCAGGCAAACCCUGAUGAGACCUUCAGCGGGAGAAUGUGCUGCAGCGGAUCGAUCGGCUGAUUGGACCGGCGAGGUACGAGAACUCUUAAAGAGGUGUGAGGCUGGAGAGGAGGUCAGGCCGACGGAGAGAAGGCGAGCACUUCGGUUCGUGAUCAUCGGAGAAGAUCUAUACAAGAGAGGCUUCACAGCGCCGCUCCUCAAGUGCCUAUCAGCAGACGAAGCGGAGUACGUCAUGAAUGAGGUCCACAACGGCAUUUGCGGAAUGCACACCGGUCGGAGGACGAUGAAAGCAAGGAUACUCCGAGCGGGAUAUUUUUGGCCGACCAUGGAACAAAACUGCGAAGCCAUGAUACGCAAGUGCGAGGGAUGUCAAGCCCAUGGAAAUGAUGUGAAGAAGGCUCCGACCGAGUUACACAGCUUAACAGCUCCAUGGUCGUUCGCUCAAUGGGGCAUGGAUAUCGUCGAACCUUUCCCGGUUGGCCGAGCGCAAAAGAAAUUCAUACUUGUAGCAGUAGAUUACUUCACUAAGUGGGUCGAAGCAGAGGCUUUGGCUAAUAUUACCGCUCGGCAGGUUCACUCCUUCGUCUGGCGCAACAUCAUAUGUCGCUUCGGCCUCCCCCACACGAUCAUCACCGAUAACGGUCGUCAGUUCAUCGACAAGAAGCUAAAGGACUUCUAUAAGCAAGUGGGGAUACGGCACGUGACCAGCUCGGUCGAACAUCCACAAACCAACGACCAGGCUGAGGCCAUGAACAAGGUGAUAGUGGCUGAGUUAAAGAAGAGGUUGGGAGAAGCCAAGGGAGCGUGGGUCGACGAGCUGCCACAAGUCCUUUGGGCCUAUCGGUGCACGCCUCACGGGACGACGGGGGAAUCUCCUUUCAACCUGACAUACGGUACAGACGCCAUGCUGCCGGUCGAAGUAGGGGAACCGACCCUUCGGCGGGAAAUGCAAGACUUGGAGGUGAAUUGUGGACGAAUGCGUGAGGAGUUAGAUUGGACGACCGAGCGAAGAGAACGAGCAGCCGUGCGAGCUGAAGCGUGCAAGAGAAUGGUGGCAAGAAGGUAUAACGCGAAGGUCAAACCAAGAAGUUUCGUCAAGGGAGAUUUAGUCUGGAGAAAAACCAAUGACGCCCGAAAGAAGUCAACACAGGGAAAGCUAGCACCAAACUGGAAGGGCCCGUUCCGCGUGACCGAGAGCUUGCAAAACGGAGCCUAUCGGCUGGAGCACUUAAGCGGCAAAGAAAUACCCAACACAUGGAACGCGUCACACCUCAAAAUGUAUUACAGUUAA